CAUGGCGAUCAUUCUGCUGUUAGCAGUUUCGCUCGGAAGUGUUGUGUUCGGAGAUAAUCAAUGCGAAAGGAUAACCGUAAGACUAUGUUCAACCGAUUCUUUUCCCUACAACUCUACGAAAGUUCCAAAUAUGUUCCAUAAUGACAGUCAGUGGGAAGCUGGCUUAGAACUCCACGCGUUCUGGCCGCUCGUCGAGAUUAACUGUUCUCCGUACACUCGUGAAUUCCUGUGUAGCCUUUAUGUCCCUGAAUGCAGGGACGGCCUGGUUAUUCCACCAGACAGGCGGAUGUGCGAGCUGACGCGGGAGGGCUGUGAACCACUGAUGCUACAAUACGGUUUCUCAUGGCCUGAGAGAAUGAACUGCACCAACUUUCACUACCGUAAUAAACUUCUCACAACAACGACUGUACCAUCGCAAUUCCCGGACGACCAAGCAACAACUGUUCAGUCAACCGCAGGACCAACUGAGACGUACUCAACUUGUGAAAAGAUCGAGGUACCGCUAUGUGAUGACAUUGGGUACAAUUACACAAGGUUUCCAAAUCUCCUGAACCAUAUCAAGCAGGACGACGCUGGACUCCAGGUGCAUCAAUUUUCUCCACUUGUACAAGUUGGUUGUUCACCUGACUUAAGGAAGUUUCUAUGUUCGAUUUAUGUACCAAAGUGUAUUGACGGAGAAGCGCUCUUACCUCCGAGUCGACAGUUGUGCCUGUCUGUAAAGACCGGUUGUGAACCUUUAAUGAACAGGUUUGGAUUCGAGUGGCCUUCCAGUUUGGCAUGCGAAAAAUUCCCAGAAGACCAAGAAACAACCCAUUCUGUUCAACCAACCGCUGAACCAACGUACACAACAUGUGAAAAGAUCGAGGUACCGCUAUGCAGUGAUGACAUUGGGUACAAUUACACAAGGUUUCCAAAUCUCCUGAACCAUAUCAAGCAGGACGACGCUGGACUCGAGGUGCAUCAAUUUUUUCCACUUGUCAAAGUUGGCUGUUCACCUGAUCUGAGGAAGUUCCUAUGCUCGCUUUAUGUACCUAAGUGUAUUGAUGGAGAAGCGCUUUUACCUCCGAGUCGACAGUUGUGCCUGUCUGCAAAGACCGGUUGUGAACAUUUAAUGAACAGGUUUGGAUUUGAGUGGCCUUCCAGUCUUGCCUGCGACAAAUUCCCGGACGAUCAAGUUACAACUAUUCAACCAACCGCUGAACCAACGUACACAACAUGUGAAAGGAUCGAGGUACCUCUAUGCGAUGACAUUGGGUACAAUUACACAAGGUUUCCAAAUCUCCUGAACCAUGCCAAGCAGGACGACGCUAGUAUUGCAGUGCAUACAUUUUCUCCACUUGUACAAUAUGGCUGUUCACCUGAUCUGAGGAAGUUCCUAUGCUCGCUUUAUGUACCAAAGUGUAUUGACGGAGAAGCGCUCUUACCUCCGAGUCGACAGUUGUGCCUGUCUGCAAAGGCCGGCUGUGAAAGAAUACUUAACAGGUUUGGAUACGAGUGGCCUUCCAGUUUGGCCUGCGACACAUUUCCAGACGACCAAGCAACAACCCAUUCUGUUCAACCAACCGCAGGACCAACUGAGACGUACACAACAUGUGAAAAGAUCGAGGUACCUCUAUGUGAUGACAUUGGGUACAAUUACACAAGGUUUCCAAAUUUCCUGAACCAUGCCAAGCAGGACGACGCUGGACUCGAAGUGCAUCAAUUUUUUCCACUUGUCAAAGUUGGCUGUUCACCUAAUCUGAGGAAGUUUCUAUGCUCGCUUUAUGUACCAAAGUGUAUUGACGGAGAAGCGCUUUUACCUCCGAGUCGACAGUUGUGCCUGUCUGUAAAGACCGGUUGUGAACCUUUAAUGAACAGGUUUGGAUUCGAGUGGCCUUCCAGUUUGGCAUGCGAAAAAUUCCCAGAAGACCAAGAAACAACCCAUUCUGUUCAACCAACCGCUGCACCAACGUACACAACAUGUGAAAGGAUCGAGGUACCGCUAUGCGAUGACAUUGGGUACAAUUACACAAGGUUUCCAAAUCUCCUGAACCAUAUCAAGCAGGACGACGCUGGACUCGAGGUGCAUCAAUUUUCUCCACUUGUACAAGUUGGUUGUUCACCUGACUUGAGGAAGUUUCUAUGUUCGAUUUACGUACCAAAGUGUAUUGACGGAGAAGCGCUUUUACCUCCGAGUCGACAGUUGUGCCUGUCUGCAAAGGCCGGUUGUGAUAGUUUGAUGAACAGGUUUGGAUUCGAAUGGCCUUCCAGUUUGGCCUGCGAAAAAUUCCCAGCCGAUCAAGCAACAACUGUUCAACCAACCGCUGCACCAAAUGAGAUAUCAACUGCUACGCCAUCGGUGGCCGCAACGUGCGAACAAAUUACAUCUGAAACUUGCAGUAGUUUACCGUACAGCUACACAGGAUUUCCGAAUUCUCUGAAUCACUCAAACCAAGACGAUGCGAGGACGGACAUCAUAAACGCUUUCUCGAGGAGGCUACUGAGCAUGUGCCCGACCCUGAGGGCAUUUGUGUGUUCCUUAUAUUUUCCACACUGCGAUGGAGGCGUAAUAUCGGAACCUCCAUCUCGAAGGUUUUGCCAACAUGCAAAAAGAAGCUGUCCUGCUCUGUUUAGCGAGGACAACCGUGAACCUAGAUUCCAAGAGCCUUCUACGAUGAAUUGUGAGAGGUAUCCGAUAGUGACAACAGGGCCUGACGCUGGUGCCGGUCCUGAAGGUUCCUGCCGCAGGAUCCGAAACCGACAUUGCCUUACAAGUCUAAGCCACACCCAUACAACUGUCGAGCACUAUGGACAAGGCUUCAGUGCAAGGGAGAGAAAAUUGCGUAGAUUUCAAAGCUUGAUUGAAGCCGAUUGCGCCCCAGAAGCGGCGGAGUUUUUAUGUCGUUUGUACUUUCCGAACUGUCGCGGAGAUGACACCAGGCGACCGAUCAAAUCGCUGUGUGAGUUGACCAGGGCCGGCUGCCAACCAGUACUCGAGCAACAGGGAAAGAACUGGCCACGGCAACUUAACUGUGACACGAUGUGAGGGCAUGAAUCUUAGAAGAUGAAAGAGUAUGCAUGCAACUCUUGAGAGCGUACGUGUAUGUGCACCUUUCAAAUGUAAAAUAGGCCAAUUAUACAUGUACAUGGUAACUGCUUCAUAUGCAUUAGAGGAUGUACAUGUAUAUAACUUCUUCGAAUACAUGUUUUCACUC